GUCCCGUUUCCCGCCGGUCCCGUUUCCCGCCACCCCGCGCGGAAGGGGCGGGACCGGCCGAGCGGCGGCGGUGAUUGGACGGAGCGGCCUCCGCGCGCUCCCCGUCACCACGGCAACGGCGCGAGCCGCGCGGGUGUCAUGGCGGCGCCCAGCGCGGCGGAGCAGCGCUGGCUGCAGGAGGCUCGGGAUUUCGCUCGCCGGGUUCUCCCGGGGUCGGACGGGCAGGAACCGGCGGCGAUGGAGGCGGUGCUGCGGUGCCUGCGGAACGCGAGCGGCGGGGCGCUGCCUCUCGGCUACAGCUUCAUCUCCAUCUCUGACCUACAGCAUCAGCAGCGCAUACCAUGCUGCAGCCACCUGAGCUGGAGCACUAAUGAAUUUAAGGAAUGGUCUCAUCAAGGACAAGGUGCUUUACCCAUGCAGAGCACUUUGCCAAGGACUUAUUUGAUCUUGGUUGGUUAUUUAACAGAUGGAAGGCAAGAAAACGAAGAAAAGUUGGUAGAUGGUUGUUUAUAUGUGAAGGACAAGACUGGGAUAAUUCCAUGUGAGCUCCUGCACUUUGAACUGGAGUGGCUGGAGUCACUGUUUGUCUUCCCAAGCUGGUCAUAUAUUCCACAGACAGACCAGAGUGCAGCAGGGUAUUUGGAAAUCCUGGUGGAUCCAGUGCCAAUAAAUGGCCCCAAGGAAAUGCUUCACAACAUUCCAAUCACCUCCCCAGUGUCAGCUGAGCCACUGCUCACCUCCAGGAUUCCAUGUAAGAGAAGAUCAAAGGUUGCUGUAGCAGGAGAAUUGACCAGACUGGGGCCUCUCCUUUGUGUUCACCACAAAACAUUCUUCUUUGCCUUUCUGAAGUGCUUUUCCUCAGCUGUUUGUGUCCCUGUGCUGGUGCAGAAACCCAGCCAGCUGGUGUGGCAUCAUGUCUUCCAGCUGGGUCACAGGUACACAAUAACAGGUCUGAGUAUGUCCAGCCUGAAGAAAUCUGGACAAAGGAUGUUCAUCACCAGUGUUUCUUCCUGCCUUCUGCCCUACUGUGCAGAGCAGGUGAGGGAGCAGCCACUGAACAGUGCUUGGCAAGGAGAAUCCACUCAGUCUUCUUCCCUUGAGACUGCUGAGCAUCUCAGUGGCUCCUUGGAGCUGGGAGCUGAAGAGGAGAAAUCAAGAUCAACCAAAGAGUCCAGGAUCAUCUCCUAUGUGGGAUUUGUCACCAAAAUACUUAAUGUCCAAGCUGGUCUCUUUUUACUGGAUAACCAAAUCUGCUUGUGCCUUGCUUACCGGCCACUGCUGAACUCUGCACGGGGAUUUAGACCAGGAACAUGUGUAGAGCUCACUGAUGUCCACCUCCUGCAGAAGCCUCUGGUGUCCUUCCCUUUCACUGUGCUCGCUGCUUGCCUGAGCAGCACCGUUGUGCUGAAGAGUUUUUCAAGGCUCAGCACCCCCUUCCAGCCACUGAACUCUUCAGGAAAUCUCUGCUUACAGCUGCUCUUCCGCUUCAGCCUUGGAAUGCCACUGUACCUGUGGCUGGUGAGCCUCCUGGAGAUGUUUGAGGAGAGGUGAGGACAACCCUUCUGAAGUCAGGCUAUGCCCUAAUGUGCUUUGUAGGGU